AGGUAUGAUCACUUAAGCACAGUAAACUGCGAAGUUCUAAUAGAUGAUGAAUUAGUGGUGGUAAGAUGAGACCCUGUCCCCAAUAACUAUACUCCUCCACAAGCCCACAAAUGCAUAGAUACAUUCAUACAUAUAUAAAAUAUAUAUUCGGAGCAUCUUCUAUCUCUUGCCUGUUCUUUUCAAUUUCAAUAGGCAUUAUGCGCAGAGCCAGUGGCAGUGGUGGUGCGGGAAAUGGCUGUGACAUCUUUGGUUUGAUUGUACAUGUUGUUCGAGGUCCAUGGCUAUCCCUUUUUGCCUCCUUUCUAGUCAUGGCUGGAGCCGGCGGAACUUAUCUUUUCGGAAUCUACUCCAAAGAGAUAAAAGUCUCUCUUCAAUAUGAUCAAACCACCCUCAACCUCCUCGGCUUUUCCAAAGAUCUUGGCGCGUAUGUUGGAGUCCUCUCCGGCCUAAUCGCGGAGGUAACCCCAACAUGGUUUGUGCUACUAAUCGGCGCAGCCAUGAAUUUCGGUGGCUUCUUCAUGGUAUGGCUGGCAGUCACCGCGAGAAUCGCCAAGCCGAAAGUCUGGCAGAUGUGCAUGUACAUGUGCAUUGGAGCCAAUUCUCAGAACUUCGCAAAUACAGGAGCUCUUGUCACUUCUGUCAAGAACUUCCCGGAGAAUCGCGGUGUCUUGGUCGGUCUCUUGAAGGGUUUCACUGGACUAAGUGGAGCUAUUAUGACCCAACUCUACUUAGCCAUCUAUGGAUCAAAUGACUCAAAAUCUAUCAUCCUUCUUGUUGCGUGGCUUCCGGCUGCAAUCUCUGUGGUUUUCGUCUAUACAAUUCGGACUAUGAAGGUAGUCAAGCAACCAAAUGAGCUCAGAGUCUUUUAUCAUUUCCUAUAUGCAUCCAUUUUCCUAGCUUUGUUUUUAAUGAUUAUGACCAUAAUACAAAAAGAAGUAGCAUUUUCGCCAGCAGCUUAUGCUGGAAGUGCCACUGUGGUUUGUCUCUUGCUCUUCGUCCCUCUUUUGAUUUCCAUAAGGGAAGAGUUAGUCCUCUGGAAUCAAAAGAAACAACACACUAUUAAUCCUACCAUGAUAGAAACAAAACCAGCAUCACCACGAAAGCUGCCAGAUCAAGAGAAGCCAUGGCGAGUAUCUAAUUUCUUCACGGACAUUUUCAACAAACCGGAAAGAGGAGAAGAUUACACAAUCUUGCAGGCACUUAUUAGCAUGGACAUGCUGAUUCUAUUCAUUGCAACAGUUUGUGGACUCGGGGCAAGCUUAACUGCAGUCGACAACUUGGGUCAGAUUGGGGAAUCACUGGGAUAUCCAGCUAAAACCAUUAAGUCCUUUGUGUCACUCUUAAGCAUAUGGAAUUUCUUUGGGAGGAUAUCGGUUGGCUUUGUCUCGGAAAUUUUACUCGUUAGGUACAAAUUCCCCAGGCCCCUUAUGACCACACUGGUCCUUUUCUUGUCCUGCAUCGGCCACCUUCUCGUCGCCAUUCCAUUCCCGGGUUCAGUAUAUGUGGCCUCGGUGAUCAUUGGAUUCUCAUUAGGGGCACAAUUUCCGCUACUUAAUAUCAUAAUUUCUGAGCUGUUUGGCCUAAAACAUUACGCGACAUUGUUCAAUUGCGGCCAAUUGGCUAGUCCCCUUGGCUCAUAUGUACUGAAUGUGAAGGUCACAGGACUUCUUUAUGAUCGUGAGGCGUUGAAAGAGCUUGCAAGGAAGGGAAUGCAGAGAUCAUCCGCGGCGAAGGAAUUGACUUGCAUUGGUACCCAUUGUUAUGGACUGUCUUUUAUAAUAUUGGCAGCUGUUACGUGCUUUGGAGCUCUUGCUUCGCUUGUUUUAGUGGCGAGAACUCGCGAAUUCUACAGAGGGGAUAUAUAUAAGAAGUUCAGGGAGGAAGCAGAGACAGCUGAGAUGGAGACGACGAGGGAGUCGAAGAAAAUUGUAAAUGCUCAAAAUUAAGUGAGUGGAAAAUUUGCCUCGAUGGGUGUGUGAGUUAUGUUUGUUGUCAAUGAUAAAAAAAGAAAAGAAAUUAGUCUAGAUAAUGAAGGAUGAAACAGGGCUUGCGCGGUGACAUCUUUUAUUAGCAUUUUGGAUUCCUUUUCGUUGCUUUUGAAAAUUAGAAUUGCUUUCAAUCUUGUUAUCAAAAGCAAGAAAAACAUCUCAAAAUGCUAAAAAUGGGACUUGUUCGGCAUUUGAAGUUUUAUUGGAGCCUGUGUUCAGAACUGUUCUUACAAAUACAUUGCAACAUUGUGGAUUGAUUUUCUAUUCUUUCAAAUCAAAGGCCAUCUAUGGUCAUUGUCUGUAUA